AUGAUUGAUAUUAAGAAAGAUGCAAAACGUCAAGUGUCAUUGAAUGAUAUAAUUCAAGGAGCAUUGAACUUUGUUCGACCAAUUAUUGAUACCUCGGGAUCAAUACAAUCAGAUUUAAUGAUAUCCAGAAAAUUACAAUCAGAGGCGAUAAGAGGAAGAGAUGCUGAAAUUCUUGGCUCACCAAAAUAUUCUUCUACAUUAGAUGAUAUGCCAAUUUGCAGAAGUAAUUCAAGAAUAUGCAAAUUUAUCACGUGCAGUGCACAUAAUUUUCAAAAUGAUGAAUCAUUAUCAAAUUUGAAUUUAGCUGCACAAAUGUUAGCUGAUACGAGAUUACGUAAAAUGAUUGCUAGCAAUCCAAGUAUAUUAUUAACCGUAUGCCAAGAACAUGGACUUUCUUCAGUUCAGUGCAAACUUUUUGCAAAUGCAUUUCAACUUAUUAAUCGAUUUAUCUCAACAAUUGAACCAUUAGAAGUGGAUGAUCAAAAGUUACAUCAUUCUCUCAUCACUGAUGAGCCAUACUAUAAUGACUCAGAUGCACCACCAAUACCAAUUCAACCGGGAUUGCAUCAAAAUAUUGGAUCACAAACAUGGUCUACCAAUGAAAAAACAAUUAAUAAUUCGGAAUUAAUUUCACAAAAAAAAUCAUUCAAAGAAAAGGGAAAUUUGCCAGAAAUAUCAAUGCAUUCACAUUCUAUUGAAAAUUUAAUUAAUCCAUUAUCAGCUUUUUCAAAUUUAAAUAUUGCUACUAGUGCAACUACAACUACUGUAACACCAAUAACAACGUUAGCAACAUUACCUACUUUUCCAGCACUAAUUUUUACCUUUCCAACUUUUGCAACAGUUACACCAAUGCUCUCACCGCAUGUUUCAUCAUUUAAAUCACCAAUAAUAAAUAUGUUAACAAAAGAAAUGGAAAUGUUAAUGACAAAUUUUGAUAAGAAAUUAUCAUUACCAAAUGCAAUACCAUCACCAUUAUCACUAAUAAUCCAUUCGGAACAAUUUAAGCCAAUAAAUUGGAUGGAAUCAGUAAGAAAUAAGCGAUCAAAUGAUUAUUAUGAUAACAUUGAAGAACAAAAUGAUGAGCCAAAAAAUAUGGGUACAAGUUUAUAUGAUAAAAUUAGUGAUAACAAUCAACGAAUGAUUAAAUUUCGUAAGCAAACAGUAGGACAAAAAGGUUUAGUUGAUUGUAUCAAAUUUCUUAAAGAUAAUUAA